CUACCUCAACGGCAACACUCGAUCGAUUACCGCGGCGCAGCAUCACGCGGGUUCGCAACUCGAUGCGCAAGGCGCGUCCAAUAACGCUGCCGGAUCACAUCGAUUCUCACGGACCCUCCCAGGAUGCCUCCAUUGACGACAGUAUUAACGCAUCACUCAGCACUGUGUACACUGACCUCGCCAGUCUGCCUCACCCAUCGCAACCGGAAUCACUUGCCCUCGAAGAUCACAACGAACUUAGUUCCAUCACAACACUUCCGGCCUCGGAACUGGAGUUGACCACAAAUGAAUCCUACCAGCAGACUGAACCGCCACCACCUCCUAUGCCCAGUGCUCCCAUCACAGAGGAGGAUCUCAUUCCCUAUCUAGUAUCGGCCUCGCUUUACGAACGGGAACCCCCUCUGGAAACGAACCUCGACAGCCCCACGCAGGUGAACCGACCCCGACAAACCGGGCGCCGAUCCGAGGUGCGACCUCGCGUGGUGUCGAUCACUGCCGAACGGGACGCGGCCACCAAUCAUCUGAUCAUACGAACCAGCACCAGUCCCAGCCAGCGUACCAAUAGCAUGCCACCACCGGCGACGGCUUCGUCAUCGUCUUCUUCGUUCCACCAUCAUCAGCAUCACAGCUCACAUCACAUUCAUCAUCACAACCACAACCACAGUCGAUACGGCGGGAUGGGAUCGGAAACGAGCUCGAUCGGAUCGUCGCGCAAUCCCAGCCCCGUGUCGCUACUGUCGACGACCACGUUCAGUUCGAUUGCGUCCGGAAUGGGCACCGACAGGUCCCGUUCAAGGCCAGACGAUGACGAUUCGCGACGCACGGGUGACGUAACGAGUUUGGCCGUCGGAACGGAAUCGACGGUGACAGCGGCCAACACCAAUAAUGCGGCCAGUACUCGGAACGGGUCGCCCCAGUCGACGACGAUUGCAAUCGGGGGUCAUCCCGGCGGAGAGGACGAUUCCGACUCGUCGGAUGACGACGAAUCCGUUCCGGAGAUGGAUCGAAACGGACGACCGAAACCAAAGUGGCCGCACAUGAUGUCCCGGGCGAUGGCGUGCAGUUUCUGCACGCUCGGUCUGUUCAACAUGUCUCGGUUCGCCAUCUUCAGUAUUCACUUUGGCGCGAAUUUUAUCGUGCAGUUCUUGAUCUUUUCGUUCCUGUUCGGCAUUCCGAUGCUGUGGCUCCAGAUGGUGCUGGGGUCGAGGGUGCGCGGAGGACCGGUGACAAUGUGGCGCAUCAGCCCGAUUUGCAAGGGCAUUGGGAUAGCGCUGAUCCUGGCGCAAGGUUUAAUCUCACUCUACUCGGCCAUCUCGCUCAGCUGGGUCCUAGUCUACUUCCGGGAUUCGUUCGUGUCCCGGAGUGAGAAAUACCGAUGGCAGGAGAUUUUUGAAAUGUACCGAGGACCAGGGAAUCAAUCGUUUCGACUUUCGGACACGGUGGCGGAUUACUUCAACGGUGUGGUGCUUCAGCGGUAUCAGCUGGGUCCGGGUGUACGAGGAAUCAACGGAAUCGGAGCCGUGCGAUUCCAAUUGGCAUUUAAUCUGGCCAUUCUGUGGACGUUCGUUUUCGUCGUGCUGUGCAAAGGAAUUCGAUCGUUUGGAAAGAUAGUUAUCGGAUUGUUCUGCUUUGCCUUCAUUGGCCUCAUUGCCGUCACGUCUAAGUUCCUGUCGAUGGUGAAUUACGACAGCAUCAAGAACGUUUUCCCCGCUACGGAUUGGGCGGACUUUUUCAUCAAUUCCAAGAGCUGGAUGAGUGCAGCGCAGGAAACGUUCCUAACGUGGGGACUGCUGGGCGUUUCGGUGUAUUCCAUCAGCUGUCGAACCAACCGAAAGGGCGGAUCGAGGAGGACCAAGCGAGAACUGCGAAGGGAUGCCCUGUUGGUGGCCGCCGUGACACUCGUCGGACUGAUGCUGGCAGCCGCUUUCGGAAGUGCUUGCGUGCAGAUUUUGAACAGCCGAGGGUACUACUACUUUCCCGGAUCGUAUGAAAACAUCGGCACCGACAUCUUCCUGCUUCCGGCCGAUCAGCCCCUGCCGCCGCAACACGCCAACAUGCCCACCAAGUGGCUCAUCCGCUACUCGAUGGUCCUGGGCGAAAGUUUCAAACGGCCUUACGCCAAUCCCCACCAGGAAAGUGGCUACCAGGUGCUACGCCUGGUGACGGAACUGUUCCCUUCGACGUUGGCCGCCGCCACGCAGGAACACAUCGCCCCGAUUUGGAGCCUGAUCGGAUUCCUGACGCUGUUGAUGUUCGGACUGGGACAACUGUGCGCCAUGUGGAAACCGAUUGCCGGAGCGAUUGGCGAUUCGCCCUCGUCGAUUGUGCUCAGCUGCGUGACCGGAUUGUUCAUGGGCAUUCCGUUGGCCACCGAGAGCGGCAUCACCAUCAUCCAUUAUCUGGAUAUGGUGCUGGGAGGUGCGUGGUGGUUGCUGCUGCUCUGGAUCGGACACAUUUUGGCCAUAUUUCUGGUGCGGGGACGACCCUUGACAAGUGACUUGCUAGUGAACGAUCUCCGGCUUGGGCAAACCCUUUCUGCAUUCAUUGCCUUCGCGUGGAACUUCUUGCUGCCAAUUGGGAUGAUCUUUCUGUGCAUCAUGGAGUACAGGGUUUCCAACUCGAACUCGCUGUUCAACUGGAAGCACGGAGGAUACUGGCCACUGUGGGCUCGCCAAAUCGGAGGAUUUAUCCAAGUUGCUUUUCUACUGCUGGUGCCCGUGGUUACGGUCGUGCAGAUCUAUCGUUAUCUGAGCAAGGGACCUCCGGAUAUUCUGGAUCGUUUCGAUCGUUUGCUGCGUCCUUCGAUGGGAUCGCAGGAUGGAUCAUCGAACGGCAACAGCAGCAGGCUACAGUAUACCCGACGCCCCGCACCGCCCCUUCCGGUGCGAACCAUCAAUUCCGGAUCGACUAUGAUUUCACUCGAAUCGAGGCCACCCCAGGACGAUGCACCGCCCAAGUACACGCCACCUCCGUCCUACACUACGGCCACCGGAGCCAGGAUCGCCAAAAUGCUACGCAACAGUAUCCGGCGAAGCGUUCGAAGAAUCAUCGGCGAAUCCAGCGGUAACCGGCAGCGGGCUGCCAUUCCAGUGCAGAGUUCUGCCAAUCCGGCCGGUGACGAGCUUCCUCCACCGGAUUACUCAACUAUUCUGACGAGCAUUGCACUGCAACCGGGCAACACGGUUUCCCUGCCCCCAACGGGUCUUGAGAUGGGGCCUCGGGUUCUGUAUAAUAGCGAAACCCUUAGCGGACGUCGACGUCAUCGCUCUUUGACGAACGCCAAUGGAACCCUACAACAGCAGCAGCUCCAGCCACAGAAUCUAACCGCCAACGACGUCCUACAAAUCCUGCGUCCGGCGACCAGUCAAACUAACGGCACCGAAGAUCCACCAGCCCUGAAUAGGACGCCCUCGUUUGCUGUCGCGGCGGCAUCGUCCGCCAUCGGCUACGGCAAUGUUGACCUGGUGGUGCGGAACUCUCUCAACCGGAGACACUCGGCUGGCGGCUCGGUAGAGAAUUUGGUACUCGGGGCAGCCCCCAUAGGCGACUCCAGCAUUAUAACUCUCGCCAUGGACGAGGACUACGACCGGCACGACGCGGAACGACACCGGAAUGGUAACGAUUCUGUGAUAUAAUCUUGUGGAAGAGACCCUCCUCCCCAACAGACAGGGGGGAGGGCGCGUUCGAAUUCGUAUUGUACUAACUGUUAAGAGACCAGAAUACGCUUCAGGUAUUAUUACACAUAGAAGAAUUUCAUCUACUUUUGCUUUUUGCAGUGGACACGUUGGACACGCGCAAUUUCUUCCUACACCCCUUACCACCUAAUUUUAAUCGUUUGACUCACACUUUAACUUAUUCGCAGACACAGCAAUAAACGAACUUCGCUUUCACUUCUUGCGAGAUGUAGAAUAGGAUUGUGCAGUCGUGUAACAACUAGUAGGUAUAUGUAGUGUUAGUUUUCUACGCAGCGGAAACCGCUGUGAUGAGAUUUAUUAACGAUGAAAUGAUUAGAAAGUUAGUUAUAUGUAAAUCAAACUUGACCCCGUCCGGUAGGAAAAGAUUUUGUAAUAUGAGCACACAACAAUGGUUAAGAACAGUA